AGCAAAAUGGAGGAGAAAUGUCAAAGUGGUUAAUGCAAUGGAAUUAUUACAGUUAAAUUCGAAGAUAAAUUCAGUAAAAAGACUUCUCAAUUUUUAAGAACCCAUCACCAGUUUGUUUAUUAUAACCUAUAAACCUCAAACAUGUCUGAAGAAACAGAUUCAAACAAAACAAUUAAAAUUGAACCUAUGGAUGAUUAUCCUCAAGUGAAACAGGAAUUUGAUGAUUAUGAUACGUCAGAUUUGUAUAUGGAUGAUGAUAUAUGUCGGCAGCAAUUUUUAAAAUCUGAGGUUACAAUUGAUGAGGAAAUAAAACAAGAGACGAUUGAUGACCAAGAUGAUUUGACUAGUAGAAACAAAACUGUAUUAGAUGAAAGUUCUUAUAUAUGUGGUGAAGAGAUCAGUGAAUCAAGUAAUUUAGUGGAUAGUACAAACAAAUCAUUUGAAGAAGUUUCAGGAAAAAGUGAAACAACUAAUAAAUUGAAACCGUAUACAUGUGAAAUAUGCCGUAAAACACUUGCAACAAAACAUAACUUACAACGACAUAAAAUUAUACACUCUGGGGAACGCCCUCAUGAGUGCAAAAUAUGCAAUAAAAGAUUUACACAGUCAAGUAGUUUAACACAGCAUUUAUCAGUGCAUACUGAAGAACAACCUUACACAUGCGAAAUAUGUAAUAAAACAUUCAGAAUAAAAAAACUAUUAAAUGAACAUAAAUUAGUCCAUACUGGAAAACGCUCUCAUAAGUGCGUAUUAUGCAAAAAAACAUUUUCAAAGAUAAGUAAUUUAAGACGGCAUUUAUCAAUGCAUACUGGAGAACGUCCUUACGCAUGCGAAGUAUGUAAUAAAAGAUUCAGAAUGAAACAUGGCUUAAAUCUACAUAAAGUGGUCCAUACUGGAGAACGUUCUUAUGAGUGCAAAAUAUGCAAUAAAACGUUUUUACGGUUAAGUGUAUUAAAAUCACAUUCAUCAGUGCAUACUGAAGAACGUGCUUAUGAUUGUGAAAUAUGCAAUAAAAAAUUCAAAACAAAACAAUCAUUAACUCAACAUAAAAUAGUACAUACUGGAGUACGCCCUCAUGAGUGCGUAAGAUGCAAAAAAACUUUUUCACAGUCAAGUAUUUUAAGAAAGCAUUUAGUAGUGCAUACAAAAGAACGACCUUAUGAAUGCGAGACAUGCAAUAAAACAUUCAAAACAAAACCUGUAUUAAAGCGACAUGUAAGAGGACAUACUAGAGAACAAACAGUAAUUAAAAAGUCAACUAAUUAUUUGAAUAAGUCUAGAAAUCGUCCCAUCUUAUAAUUCCAUCCAUUUACUUAAUUUAUAUUGAUACAGAAUAUUAAUUGCGCUUUAUUUAAUAUAUAUUUCAGU